UGCCACAGGUUUGAUACCGCCCAUGGUCCGCCCUUCUGACCAGAUAAAGGAUGUGUGCUUUCUCUGUAUCUUCGCACUUGUGAUCUGCUCUCUACUGCCAUUGUCUGGAACUCGUAAGGGCCCGGAAUAUUCUGAAAUUUAGUCUAGUGGAUCGUUCCUUGUUGUAAACGCAGCCACCCUAUCAAGAACAUCAGUCGUGAAAAGCUACAAAAAUGUCACUUUCAAUGAUCAAAUGGUUGUUCACACUCGUGCUCCUUCAAUCUGGGAAUCUCAUCCAAGCCAGUAGUGACCAAUGCUGGACUCCGUGGUUUGAUCGUGACAACCCCUCUGGUACUGGAGACUAUGAAACUCUUGCAGACCUGCUCAAAGAAAACCCAGGGAAGGUCUGUGAGCAUCCAAUUGAAAUUGAGGUCAAAACAAAAUCUGGAGCCAGUGUUGGUACAACGGGCGAUGUGAUUCAUACAUCUAAUGCACACACUGGAUUUAUAUGUAGAAAUCGUGACCAGCUGCAUGAUGGUCUUUGUGCAGAUUAUCAAGUUCGUUUCUUGUGCCCCGUUGAGUUCUGUAAAGCAAAAGAAUGCAAGACUCCAUGGUACGAUCGAGACAACCCUAGUGGGACCGGAGACUAUGAGACACUUGGGAAUCUCUACAUUGAACACCCAAAUGAAAUCUGCCAAUUUCCGCUGGACAUUGAGGUCCAAACCGUCGCUGGAAGUAGUCUGGCUUCAACAGGGGAUGUCAUUUUUGUAAUGGAUACAACUACUGGGUUCAUCUGUAAAAAUGCUGACCAGACGGGGCGACGUUGCUCUGAUUAUAAAGUUCGCUUCAUAUGUCCCAUCGAUUUCUGUAACUAACUGGAUAUUCAUGUAAAAUAAACUAUGAAUUCCAA